AUGGCGCAUCACUUGGGUGUAUUAUACCAUCUCAUGCAUGAGACAAGUCCACAAGCAGUGUUACUUGUACUGCUAAUACUGCUGCUGCGCUUCGCCACAAAAGGUAGUGGUAGCAAGAAGCAAGCGCGUCUCCCUCCUUCCCCUCCAGGCCUUCCUUUGAUAGGCCACUUGCACCUUGGCCGCGAUCACGUCUCCCUAUGCAACCUCGCCAAGAAGCAUGGCUCCGACGACGGCCUCAUGCUCCUCCGCCGCGGCACCGUCCCGCACCUCGUUGUGUCGUCCCCUGGCGCCGCCAAGGCGAUCAUGCGGACGCACGGCCACCUGUUCGCCUCGCGGCCAACAUCCAUGGUCGCCGGCGAGCUCCUAUAUGGGCCGUUGGACGUCGUCUUCGCCCCCUACGGCGAGCACUGGCGGCAGGCGAGGAAGCUCGCCACUAUGCACCUGCUCAGCCUCAGGAAGGUCCAGUCAUACCGCCUCGCCCGUCGGCAAGAGGUGAGACUGGUGAUGGCCGUGAUCCGAGAGGCGGCGGCCACGGGCACGGCGGUGGACAUGAGCGAGAUGAUGAACACGUUUGCGUACGGCAUGGUGUGCGGCGCCUUGUCGGGGAAGUUCAUCAAGAAGGAAGGCCGGAACAAGAUGUUGAGGGAGCUGAUCGAGGCGAACACAACUCUCUUUGCGAGUUUCAACCUGGAAAACUGCUUCCCAAGGUUAGCAUGGCUCACUAGAUCUAGUGUUUGCAGCAAGGCCAAGAAGGUGAACAGAAGAUGGGACGAUCUGCUCGAAAAGAUAAUACAAGACCACGAGAAACGAUCAUUGUUGUCACCACAUGGCACACACCACGAUGCCAAACAGGAAGAAGGGAGUGACUUCAUUGAUGUACUUCUAUCGGUUCGGCAGCAGGAAGACUACGAGGGUAUCACCAGAGAGCACAUCAAGGCCAUCUUAAUGGACAUGUUUGCUGCAGGCACAGACACAUCGUCCUUCGCGUUGGAGGUCGCUAUGGCUGAGAUCAUGCGUAACCCUCGAGUCAUGACUAAGCUACAAGCCGAGGUGAGGAACGGCACACCAAAGGGGCAAGACAUGGUCGAGGAAGAGAACUUAGCCAACAUGGCAUAUUUGAAGGCCGUGGUCAAGGAGACACUAAGGCUGCACCCGCCGCUACCGCUCCUCAUCCCUCACAGUUCCAUGUUAGAGAGUGAUGUCGAUGUCGCCGGAUACACGCUCCCUUCUGGAGCAUGGGUCAUGGUGAACACGUGGGCUAUCAACAGAGACCCUGGGUGGUGGGAGAAGCCGGAGGAGUUCCUGCCGGAAAGGUUCAUGGAGGGUGGUAGUGCCUCGACAGUGGACUUCAGGGGGAAUGACUUUCAGUUUUUGCCGUUCGGAGCUGGUAGGAGGAUCUGCCCUGGUAUGAACUUCGGGUUGGCGAUGAUCGAGAUCAUGCUGGCAAACCUUGUGUACGGCCACGAUUGGGAGCUACCGUCUGGCAUUGAGAAGAACGGUAUUGACAUGACUGAGGUGUUUCGCUUGAGCGUGCGACGGAAGGAGAAACUGAUGCUUGUUCCAAAGACCACUUAACUUUGUGAAUGUACGCAGUGUGCAUUGCAACAUGACUGCUUUAUUUUUUUUAUAUCACUAGCAAAAGGGCCCGUGUGUUGCAA